AUGCCGGUAAAUAUUUUUGUGCAUAUCAGAGUAAUGGAAGAAGAUUGUGGUGCAUUUGCGGCAGACUGUGUUGUCCUGUCAUGUUGCUGUCAGUGCCUUGUCUUACAAGUCAGUGUCUUCGUCUUCUUCAAGAUCCCAUGUAAACUUGCCAAGAAGAUGAAGAAGUUUGUGAAGAGAAGAUGUCGGAAGACCUUGCAACCGACAAUGGAGGACGUCAAAGAGGAGCACUGUUCUAGAAAUGGGUUUGCCUUUGAAGUAGUCUCAACAAGAUCAGAUUGCUUCGACGACAUUGAAGGAAUGUUACAGGAGCGGUCGAUGAACAAAGGGUUCUUGUUUGGAAGCUUCUGGCGCCACGAAGAUGCUUCUGACAUUUUCGAUUUCAAAUAACAGCAAAACAUAAAUAAUUGUUUGCUCGUCGUCUUCAUGCAUCCGGCUGUGUUAUUUAAUCAAGAAUCCAGAAAAUAAGCGUUAAGGAACACA